AUGGGCAGCGGCAACAGCAAUUUCAAGUUCAUAUUUCUCUUCGUUUUUAUGGCAGUGAGCAGUGUUGGUGUAACUUUAGUGAAUGGUAUAAUUUUCGAUACCAUCACUGUUUUUGUUCAGAAUGACUUGGAGAACAAUCAACCAUUAACUGUUCAUUGCCAAUCGAGAGACGACGAUCUUGGUGAGCAUGAGCUCGCUCAUCGUCAAGAUAUUCAUUGGUCUUUUCAUAUAGAUGUAUUCCAGUGGACAAGAUUUUGGUGUUCAAUGCAGUGGAGUAACAGUACUGGACAAAUUGUACAAGGAACUUAUGAUAUCUAUUUUGUUAGAAGAGAUUGGAGAUUAUGUGGGGAUAAUUGCUACUGGAGUAUCCGUGAAUCCGGCUGGUAUUUAUACCACAAGGAUGGGGAAGGGCUUUAUUUUAUGUAUAAAUGGCCAUCCAAUUAA